AUGAAUUUUUCAUAAUGUCCAGAUGAAUUCUAAAUUGAAGAAUAAAAAUUUACAACAAUUCCCCAAAGAUCUUCAUUAAGUACUUUCAAUUUUGAGGUAAAUUAAGCAGUACAUUAAGGAUUUAGAAUCCAAGUAUAAGUUUACAUAUCCUGUUAACCUGAAAUAGAAUGAGAUAAAAAGAAAUCAAUUUAAUCAAACUCCUCCUUAAUAAAAAUUUGAAAUAGACAGAAAUUCAAAAUAAUAAAUAGAAAUACCUGCUUAAAUGUCUAAGUCUCCAAAAUAAUCUUAUUCAUUUAGAGAUCAAGGAAAAAUAUAAUUAUACUAAAAAUAAAUAGAAUAACCUUAGAGAGAAAUAAAAUCUAUUCUAAAUUUUUAAGUAGAUACAAAAUUCAUUAAUGUGAAACCAAGCAAAAAGAAAAAUCAAAAACCUAUUCUACCAUAAUUUCAACAAUAUUAAAUACAAAAACGACCUUUAAUGAUACAGAAUAAUCCGAUAUACUAGAAAAUAUCUCCUAAUAAUCAAAAUAGAAGUCCAAUAUAAAAGAAUAUUAAUAAGGAUAUUUUUGAAAUAAGUUUCCAUUAAGAACCAAAAGUCAAUAAGUUUUAAGAAUUAUUAAAUAAAGCUCCUAAAUAAUUUGAAAUAGAUUAACAUAAAUCUUUGAAAUGGUUUGGAAAUAAAGAACUUUGUGAAGGAGAAUUAAAUGGGAAGAUAGUUUAAUUUAUAAAGACUGAAAAAUCAAAUGUGAUAUUAUGA